UAUGCGCACAUCAGUAUGCAGCAGCAGAAUCCGCCUUCUGUCAGUACUCCAGCAGCCGCAGUCGCAGCAGCAGCAGCCCUUUUACAUCUUCGGGCGAUCACCUGCUCAGCAACAACAACAGCAACAGCAACAUCAGCAACAACAGCAACAACUGCAGCAUCCACAGCAAUUCCAGCAACAGCAACAACCUCAACAACAGGGGAUUAUUUUUCAACCGCCAAAUCUACUUACCAGCACGCAGAUCAAGACUACUAUACCUUUUAACGGAGUUGAAUUUUACUCCUGGAGCUUCG